AUGCUUUUUUUGUAACAUUUUGUUAAAGAGAAGUCUUGGAAAUUUUUUGUCGUAGGUUGUGGUAUACUCAGAAAAGGAAUAAGACAUAAGUUUUAACAAUAUCAUUUUUAAGAAAACUCCUAAAAUUAAUAUAUUGAUGAUCCAAGUUUGUCUUCAACAACCCUUCUUUUCAUUAAUUCUUAAUAAAGUAAUGUAAGAAUAACUGACAUCUCAUGCUUCAAUAAUGCUUUGACAAAUUCAUCUUCUACUUUUAUUUUCAUCUCUGCUUAUUCUAUAUAAUUUAAUAAGGUAUAUGUUUAUGGUCAUAAUAUGUAAAACUAUUCAAUAUGGACCAAAUAUUAUGACCUAGAAAUUUUAAGCAUUGAACACUAGAAUAAAAUAAAUUUAGUAAUAUAAUAAGCAUUUCCAAUUAAAACCAAAGGUGGGGUUUUUUCAUUAAUUGCUACUAUAUACACUCUUUUCGAUGGUACUUUUCUUGAUAUUUCUGCUGAGAGUAGUAGUGUAAUAGCAUUAAGAACUCAAGGUUAAGGAUAAGUAAGUUUGUAAAAUGUGGAAUUUGUUUCUGUUUAAACUAUUUCUUCAUAAAUAGGAAACACAGAUGGAUGCCUUAGUGUUUAGUCUCAAAACAGUCUAUUAAUGCUUACCUUAACUAAUAUUACUUUUAAUUAAGUCUAAAAUGUUUUAUCAUCAUCAAUAUUGACAAUUUACCCUUCUUUUAAUUAGAAUUACAUUAAAUUGGAAAAUAUAAAAGUAAUCAAUUGUUUUUCUUUGAUGGAUUAAAUAAUGAAUGUUCAAUUUUCACACACCACUCCUAAGAAAAAUUAAGUAAUUAUAAAAAAUUUGAUGGUGGAAUAGAAAGAGCCUAAUUUUUUUAGCUAUCUUGAAAAUUUAAGUGCUUUGACCUCUUUAGAAGUUAAGAAGAUUGCAAAUGAUAAUACUUUGAUCUAAUUUUCCAGUUGCCAAAUAUCAUUUACAUCAAUUACUAUUACAGGAAUUUACAGUUCUUCCUUAAUUAAAAUUAUAGAUUGUCCUAUCAUUUUCCUUUCAGAUAUAUUUCUCCAUAACAUUAAAUUGUUGAACUUUUUUAAUUUGCUCUAUAUUGGGUAAAUAUCUUAGAUAAUUAAUAUUGUUAGAAUUUUUGUCAUUUUUAUUUAAACUUUGGAUAAUUAUCAGAUAGAUAAUCAAUCUAUGAUUGAACAAUCUGAUUUUGCUAUUAAGUUUUCAAAUUAAUUAUGCUAUCAGGAGAGUUCAUUGAAAAAUUAGAUUUAUACAUCAAAUACCCUAAACAUCAAAUCCUUCUUAAGUGAUUUGUAAGCAGUUUUAUUAGAAGUAGGAUCGCUAUUUUACUAUAACAGCAUCUCUCAUAAAAAUGUAUUGUCUAUCUCUUAAAUUUAAAUUAUUAAUGUAGAGUGCAAAUAAUGUCUAAAUGGAUUAAUUUAUUUUGAUUUAACUGAUUUCUUAAGAAUAUUUAUUUAAGAAGUAUUUUGUUAUUCAAACAAUAUAAUUACUUCUGGAUGUUUCGUUGUGAAAUCAUAGAUUAAUCAGAAUAAUUUAUUAACUAUUAAAUAGUCUGAGUUUAUUUUGAACAAAGGCAAGAGUGGAGUGGCAAUUAAUGCUUAGAAUUUGAGAAUUAUUAUGAACAAAUGCAGGUUUUUUAAUAACUCAGCUUCUGAUUUUGGAGGAGCAAUUUACUUACUGUAGAAAAAUGAAUAUUUUCUUUUCAAUUAAACUUUAAUUUCUAAUAAUAAAGCUAAGGAAGCAGGAGGCCUAUAUCUUUAUGGGAAUAGCAGUUUAAAUUAAUCAAAUUUUAUUAAUUCUCUCCUAUCCUUAAAUAAAGCUGAUCUGUAUUCUAAUAAUUUUUAAGCAAUACCAGUUAGUCUAGAAUUAUCUAUAAAUCAAAUAUAAAUGUAUUCAAUCUAAAACAAUGCUUCUGAAAAAUAGUUAGCUUUAAAACCUUAUAAAAUGAUUGAGUAGGGAUAAAUAAUAUUAGCAAAAUAAUUAAAGUUACCUAGAAAGUAAAAGAUAAUCAAUUAUAAAAUUUAUAAUACAGCUUAGUUAAAAUUUGUGGAUUAUUUAACAGAAUUUUCAUUAUCUUUGAGGAAUAUCUUUAAUGAAGAACUUCCAAAUAUUAUUAAUCAUACAUGUGAAAUUCACCAAUAUGACUUAGAAAGAAAUUAAAUUAUCUAAACUAAAUUUAUUAGUUCAUUGUUAUUUAAUCCAAGUACAAAUAAUUUUGAUCUCGGAUCCUUGUAAUUUAGCAUUGACCCUUAUUAAUAAAAAACUAAGAUUAAUCAAAUUUUAAUUUCUUGUUAAUCUUAAUAUUAAAAGUUAUCAUUAUCAUAUCUUUUUGUUGUAUAACCAUUAAAAUGUUAACUAGGAGAAUUUUAUGUUGAGUUUGGUUGCUAACUAUGUGAACCAAAUUAAGGAUUUUAUUCUGUAUCUUAUAAUACUACAAAGUGUUCUAUUUUUGAUCCAACAAAAUUUGUAUCAAUUACAUCAAAUUUAAUAAAUCUCAAAAAAGGCUAUUGGAGACCAACGUUUGAAUCUGAUAUUAUUGAAUGUUGUUUUAAAAAUGAAGAGCACUGCAUAGGGGGAUGGUUAGUCGGGAAUUCCUUGUGCAAUACUGGAUAUUUGGGAGGCUUAUGUGAAGAAUGUGACAAAUAUAAUAUAAGAGGAUAAGGAGAAUAUUUUAAAUAGAACUAAUAAACAAUAUGUUAAGUUUGUGAUGAAUAUUCAUAAACGUUAGCUCCAUUUAUUCUAACUUCAAUAUGGUAUAAAUAAUGAUAUUCUUUCUUAGGGCAAUAUUGUCUAUUCUACUAACACUGAAGAGCAUUAACAAUUCAAAUAAACUAUUUUCGUCUUUAAAAUUAAGAUAAAAGUUUGCAAAAAUCCUUUUUAAACUUAAUCAAGGUAUCAAAAUAUUAUAUUUUAAGAUCAUGAAAGUAUACAAAUUAAACUCUUUUUAAACUAUUUAUGGAUAUUUUCUUCUAUUUUUACUUUCAACAUCAAUUUUGCAUUUUCUUUUGGUUUCAUCAAUUCAACUAGCAAUCCUUCUUAUUUCAUGGCUAAUACACUUGAUUGCUAUUUAUCAUAGUUUACAAAAUAUGAAUUAAUAUACAUUAGGAUACUAGCCAUGAUAAUACUACUUGGAUGUUAAUUAAUGCUAAUUUACAUUGGAUUUAAAAUUCAUGCCAUGAUUACAAAAUGCAAACUCGACUCCAGUAUUUUUUCCAUAACGAUUGUCUAUUUAUAUGUGUCGAAUUACGCUGCUUUAAUAACAUAGUAUUAUUAGUAUUAAAUUUAGAUUUUGCUCAGUUGUAGCAAAAAGAACAAUAUCGAGAAUCGAUUAUAUUCAAGGAGAUUUAACCCUUCCCUAUGGAUCCCAGUCUCAUUCUUUAUGGGUGUUUAGUUUCAUUUUACCAGGAUUGGGUUUGAUUGGAUUUUUUUUCCCCUUUGCUGUAUUCUUCUUCUUGUACCUUAAAAGAGAUGAACUAGAUUAAAUCCAGUUUAGAAAGCAUCUUUGUUAUCUAUUCAAUGAAUACAAUGACAAUAAUUAUUUUUGGGAAUGGAUCAAACUAUGGAAAAAAGCAUUUUCAUUUUCAUUAUGA